GGCAAGAAGAAGUGGGCCAAAGCAGUCCAGUACUUGCAGGCGCUAGACUGCGAGUUGCCGCCAGACAAGACUGGCGGGGAGCUGCAGAAGAUGGUCAUGUACGCCGGCGCCAAUCUCAGGAAUAGGCAGCUUGGGAAGCAGCCAGCGCAGGCUGUGGUGCAGGCGGCGGCGGCAGCGGCGGAGGCGGAGGCGGCAGCGGCGGAGGCGGAGGCGGCGGUGCCAGCCGCUCAGGCGGCGGUGGCUGCGGAGGCGGGGGCGGUCACGGCGGGAAGGGAGGAGGAGGGGGGCGCCGCGCUGACUCAAGCCGCGGGCGGCGGACACGCGGAGCUCUGCCGCUGGCUGCUGGCGCAGGGCGCAGCCGGCAGCGGCGGUGACGCCGGCGCACAGACGUCGCAGCAGCUACACGCGGCAUGGGGGCUGUGGGACAGGUCGGCGAUGGCAGCUGCAGCUCGAGGCGGUCACUUGGGACUCAUGGAGGAGCUGUGGGCGUGGGCGCACGAGCGCGGCCUGGUGAGCAGCUCAGUAGAGAAGAGGGGCCGGACCGCGCCUCAGCCAGCCUCAUCACCGGCACCUGCAGUGCUGCAACCGCAGUCACUGCCUCAGCCAGAACCGCAGGUGCCACGGCCUGCGGUGGCAGCCGAGGCGGCAGCGCAGGGCGGGGCAGAGCAGGCGCUGAGUGGGGACACACGCGGGGGCGAGGCAGAGAGUGGGGGGAAGGGCAGCAGCCAGGACGCAAGCGACAGCGGCGGCGCCAGCACCAGCAGCGCCACAGUGCCUGCUGCCGCGACGUGCGCCAAUCAUAGCCUGGCGUGGGGUGACCUCGCGGCUUGGCCCAUGGUGGCUGGAGCCGCACACUCAGUUGACGUGGACACACUAGAGCAUCUGCUAUGCAUGGUGCACGGCGGCGACGGCGCGAUCGAGACGUGGCAGCCGCAGCAGGCACUGCACGGCGGCCCGCCCCCCAGUCGGUCGCUACUGAUGGACCCGGUGCUGGUGCCGUACAUGCAGCGCUCUGCCAUUGUGGCGGCGGCGGCAGGCAGCGCCGUGGACUGGGACUUGAAGAUUGAAAUGCUGGAGGCACGCGGCAUCGUCCAAAUCCUCCCCGGCUGCUUGCCGGAGGCUACUGCCGCCGCUGCGAGGCUGUGGCCGCCGGCACGGGCCCUCCACCGUCUCAACUGGCUGGUCCAGCGCGGCUAUGGUGUCUCCUACCUAGCUACACGUGCGGCCACCCUCGCGCUCAUUGAGGCUUCUAAGGAGGAAGAGGCGGCAGCCGCAGCUGCGGCCGCGGCCGCGGCUGCUGCAGCCGCGCUGCGGGAGCUGAGCGGCAGGCCAUUGGAGGCGGGGGUCGCAGGGGUGGGUGGUGCAGGAGCAGGCGUGGCGCGCACGGGCGCGGGCCGGGUGUCAGGGUCAGGUGAGGCGGCGGGUGAGGUGGGGGUGCCAGUGGACAAGCUGGCGGUGCUGGAGUUCGUGCUGCGGGCUCAGGCGCGCGUCACUGACGACACGGCAAACAUGGCCGCUGCCGCUGGACUGCUGGAGGUCCUUCAACUGUUUGACGGGAGUCUCAACGUGCGCCUCAACGCCGAUGCACUCAUGCUGGAGGCCGCGCGGGCGGGCCAGCUGCACGUGGUCAAGUGGUUGGCCGCCCGCCACAACGGCGAGUGCCAGCUGUCGUACGCCGUACUGGCGGCGGCGGCGGAGGGCGGCGCGGUGGAGGUGGCGGCGUGGCUGCACCAGCAAGGCUUGGAGCCGAAAUCCGAGUGGGCAGACCGCGACUCGAGGGCAGUCAACGAUGCGUUCCCGGUGCGUGCCGCGGCGGCGGGCGGCUCGGCGGCGGCGCUUCGCUGGCUGGUGGAGAAGGGCUACCCUGUGACGGAUGACGGUUCACCGUACGUUCUCGCAAUCCGUAACGGCGACGUGGUCACGCUUCGGAACCUGCGAGCGCUGGGCUGCCGCUGGGACCCGCACUCGCCUCAGCUGGCGGCGGCGGCACGCAGCGCGCAGCUCACGUCGGGCUGCGCCGCGGUGGUGUUGUGGCUGGAGGAGCAAGGCCUGGACCUGGAGAGCGUGGAGAGGGCCGCGCGCAAGAGGGCAAAGAAGCGUGCGGCAGCGAUGGCAGCGGCGCGCGCGCGUGAGACUGCCGCGGCAGCCAAGGCGGCAACGGAGGCAGGGGCAUGUGGUGGCGCUGGGCAGGGGUGGCUGGCUAGCUGGUGGAAAAGUGUCAGGGAGCGCAUUCGGGCUCGGCGAUGGCAGAAGCACCCCCAGUGCGGUGGGGUAGUUGUGGUGUAAGAGUGACAGGGCAGCCUGCUGCGAGACGUUAGCGGUUCACACACACCGGCACUUUGGCAGGUGCAGGUGCAGGUGGCACCCCCCAUGUCACAUGUACGGUAUAAUCAGCAGGACAGGGGGCUGGCAUAUGCGCGCUAUUGGAAUGCAGAGGAACGCAGAUGCUCAGAGAGAAGUGGCUUGAAGCUAUUGUCUUGGCUGUUAGUACACCAGGUCAGCAGCGGUGCGUCUGUACGCCGUGUGUGAAUUGGUUUUGAGCCUUAAUGGUGGCCA